UCACCGCUCAGCACAACUACUGCGGCACGGACAUUUAGUGUGGCGGUUGGACCGGUCCUACUAUAAAUACAUCAUCUCAGUUUGUUUUGUGCGUACCAUUCAGUCCAGUCGAGUUUAUACGCAUCAACAGAUUGCUGGUGUUUUGUAAAAGUUGCUAAAAAAUGGCCCCCAUAACCUUGUACACAACCCGUCGCACACCGGCUGGGCGAGCCGUCGAGAUUACGGCCAAAAUAAUUGGCGUUGAUCUGGAUAUCAAAUUUAUGGACCUCACGAAAAAGGAACACUUGACUGAGGAUUUUUUAAAGAUGAACCCUCAACAUACGGUUCCGACUAUCGUUGAUGAUGGUGUGCCUCUGUACGAUAGUCACGCUAUCAUCAUCUAUCUUGUAUCAAAGUACGCCAAAGACGAUGCCCUGUAUCCGAAAGAUCUGGUGACGCAGGCACGUAUCAACGCGAUUUUGCACUUCGAGUCUGGUGUUCUGUUUGCUCGGCUCCGCGGAGCCCUGUCUCCAAUGUUCUACCAGGGCUGCCCGGAAGUUCCAGCGGACAAACUUGCUGCCAUCUAUGACGCUUACGAUCUGGCGGAAGCGACGCUGAGGUCCGACUAUUUGGUUGGUGACUCACUCACACUUGCUGAUAUUAGCUGUAGCACUUCGCUGGUCACGCUAAACACCCUAUUUCCGGUCGAUGCUGACAAGUGUCCCAAAUUAGUUGCUUAUCUCGAACGGUUGGAGCAGAAUUUACCAAAUCAUAAGGAAUACAACCUGGAACGUUCUAAGGAAUCUUUGGCGCUUUACAAGCAAAAGUUGAUUGAAAACAAGAAGUAAUAAAAUGAAUGGAUUAUAUAACGUAAUGAAGAAAGCAUGUUCAACGAACACAGACAAACCGGUUGCAUUUUUUUCAUAUCUGGAGAAAAUAUACACUGUGUCCAAGUGACGUUUACUUUCUCUUUCGAUUAUUACGUCGCCACUAUAAAA